AUGGGUAGCGCCUUGGCAAUCAACUUAUCAGGCGAUGACAUUGUUUCACGCUGCUGGGAUUCCGUUUUUGGAAGAGAACCGUAUGUACGUAAGCUUCAAGAAAACCUUCAAGCUCUCACAACUUCUUUACAAGAACUCAAGUCUUUAAAGAAUGAUGUGCAAAGAAAGGUUGAGCUUGCAGAGCGGCAGCCAAGAUUAAAGCGGUUAGAGCAGGUAAAUAACUGGAUUUUAAGCGUGGAGGCUCUUGAGACUGGAAUUAACGAAGUUAUUGUAAGCCAUAGAACUCAAGAAAUUCAGAAAUUAUGCUGCGGAGGUUACUGCUCCAAGAACUACAGAUCCAGCUACAGGUAUGGAAAAAAAGUUGCUAGAAAGUUGGUGGAAGUGGAGGCUUUGAAAAGCAAGGGAGUUUUUGAAGAGGUGGCAGCCGAAAGCUUACCUACGGCUCUAGUCGAUGCGAUACCUAGUGAGCCAACAGUUGGCAUGGAGCCGAUUUUUUAUCAAGUUUGGAGACACGUUGAAGAUGAGCAAGUGGGAAUUAUUGGCUUAUAUGGAAUGGGAGGGGUGGGGAAGACCACCCUCCUUACCCAGAUCCAUAACAACUUCAACCGCACUCGUAAUGAUUUCAAUCUUGUGAUCUGGAUUGUGGUAUCCAAGGGCCACAAAAUUGAAGUUAUUCAAGAUAAGAUUGGUGAAAAUAUUGGGCUGUCUAGUGGUGUAUGGAAGCUUAAAGAGCAGCGUGAAAAAGCAGAAGACAUCUUCAGAAUCUUGAACACAAAGAAGUUUGUGUUAUUAAUGGAUGAUUUAUGGGAGCCGGUUGAAUUAACCAAUGUAGGGGUUCCAGCUCCUGACAGUCGGAACAAGUUCAAAAUAGUUUUCACAACUCGCUCCGAGGAGGUAUGUGGUCAUAUGGAUGCCCAGAAGAGGAUUAAGGUGGGGUGUUUGACUUGGGACAAAGCAUGGAACUUGUUUCAGGAGAAGGUUGGGAAAGAAACACUUCUUCUUCAUCCAGGUAUCCCCGAGCAAGCUGAAAUUGUGGCGAAGGAGUGUGACGGUUUGCCACUGGCACUCAUCACAGUGGGCAGGGUCAUGGCCUGCAAGAAAACACCCAAGAGUGGAAGCAUGCAGUUCAAGUCCUGA